AUGGGUGCUUUUAACGGCAUCUCUUUACCAAAUGGUAACCUGAGUCUCUCUCACCUCUUAUACGCGGACGGCUAUACCAUAAUGGGUGAAUGGUCUAGUGAAAAUGUGAUGAACAUGAUUCGCAUUCUUAGAGUUUUCUAUUGCUGUUCUGGUCUAAAAAUAAACAUGAGGAAGUCUUGCUUAUAUGGGGUGGGUGUCGAUUCUGGUACAAUUAAAGAUGUGGCUGCACGUGUUAACUGUAAAGUGGGUUGUCUACCCUUUGUUCAUCUUGGUAUCAUGAUUGGGGCGAAUAUGAACAAAUUUUCUAGCUGGAAUUUUAUACUUGACAUUUUUGAAACUAGACCAAGUAUAUGGAAAGGGUCAUGGUCAUCUAUUGGGGGUCGGGUCACCUUAAUUAAAGCUGUAUUGGAGUCAUUGCCCACGUAUUAUUUCUCCAUCUUUAAAGCUCCAUGUGGUAGUGGUGAUGGAAGAAAAGUUCAUUGGGUUUAUUGGGAACGUGUUGCGUCUCCUGUCAAACACGGGGGGCUGGGAAUAUGCAGGCUUAGAGAUAAUAAUGUGGCAUUGUUAACAAAAUGGUUAUGGAGAUAUAGAACUGAAACUGAUGGUUUAUGGAGAAAAGUUGAUGCAAUACAUGGUAAGAAUAGGAGUUGGGGUCCGCUGCCUCUCAAUAAUACCAUUAUGGGGGUGUGGAAAAAUAUAGUUCGAUCUCUAGGAAAAGUGAAGGUUGGGGAUGCCUAUAUUAACGAGAUGGUUAAAAGGAAAGGUGGGGAAUGGGGAAAAUAUUAG